GAAUCAACACCUGCCCUGAGUCUCGCUGUGAAAAAUUACGAAAGAAUUCGGCUGUUCAACGCUUCCCAAGACCAACAAAUCUUUGCUUAACGAACAAUAAUGGCAUCAAUCUGUGGACGCAUGGCGCUUCGUGCCGCCGCACGCCAAAAUGUGACAUACAACUCCGUGCGUACCUGCAAAAUGAUGAACGAUCCCCUGGAGCACGCCACAGGUAUUGAGAAACGUGAACUGCUGUUGAAGGCGGCCGGCAACGAUAAUCCUUUCGACAUGAAGGUGUUCAAGCGUGGUGCUGGCACUAAGGAGAACCCCAAUCUGAUUCCAUCGGCUUUCGAUGCUCGCAUUGUUGGCUGCAUCUGCGAAGAGGAUCAGACCUACGUGCAGUGGAUGUGGCUGCAGAAGGGCAAUCAGAAACGUUGUGAGUGCGGCCACUGGUUCAAGUUGGUCGAGAAGGCAGCUGUUUAAAGUUAUUAUUAAUUAAUUAAAUAAACCAAUUAAUAACAAAAAACAACA